GUAUCGCCGUGCGUACCCCGGUCCCGCUCGACUCGCUCCAGACGGCAGUGUCGCCGGACACGUACAGCUCUUCCUCGCCAUCGGAGCCGGGGCUCUCUCGGAGCUUCCAGAAGUCGUCACGGCGGCUCUUGCGGUUUACCCGUAGGGAGACGCCCCGGAGCGCCUCGAGGAGCUCGGCGUUGUUGGAAGAGUUGGAUUCGCUUCCCUUGGUGGCGGCCCGGAGUCGGACGCUGCCCGGGUGGUGGGACAGGUACUCCGAGCCGAACGGAGUGAACUCCUGGGGUUCCCCGGUUGCUAUCAUCGCCGCUGGAUCAUCCAGAUUUGCGAGUGGGCACUGCGGUGCGGCUCGAGAGAGGACUUGUUGAUACGCGGGGUCUUGUUUGAGCGAGCCGCCAUGCGUAAAAAUUCGUAGCCUGCUCGAAGCUAGUGUUGGCUCUGGUUGGCUCCAACGAUUGACUUCGAAGGCAACUCGGGCAACUUUUCAUUCUAGAAAUUAUACCAGUUGUACAGCGAGGAUAACUUGCAGAUGUAGUUCACGAUGAGAUUUAAUGGUGGUUUUAGUUUUUCUUGUAGUUAACUGUACUUAAUUCCACUUUGUAUUUUUCUUAUUUGUUGUUGUACCAGAGCCCCAGAGCUUUGCUUGAGUUGCAAGACACAAGACAAGACCAGUAUGAUUUGCUGAAGUUCCGAUGGCCGUGUGCGUGUCGGUUGAUUUCGUGAUUGUUUUCGUGUCCACGGUGUCCCUGCAACAAUGAGCGCUGGCCUGACACCGAGCAAAAGCACCGUGUACGUGAGCAAUCUCCCGUACAAGCUGACGAAUAACGACCUGCACCAGCUGUUCGAGAAGUACGGCAAAGUCGCGAAGGUGACCGUGAUGAAGGACAAGCAGACCUGGAAGAGCAAAGGGGUGGCCUUCGUGCUGUUCGUGGACGGCGACUCGGCGGCCCGCUGCGUGGCCGCGCUCGACCAGCAGCAGCUCAUGGGACGGACCCUGCGCGCCAGCAUCGCCAAGUACAACGGCAGGGCGCCCGAGUUCAUCCGCCGCAAGGAGUACAAGGACAAGUCCAUGUGCUACGAGUGCGGCGAAGCCGGACAUCUGAGCUACCGCUGCCCCCGCAACUCCUUCGGCGACCGGGAGCGGGAGACGGCCCAGAAGAAGAAACGGAAAGCUCAGAAGAUGGAACAGAAAGCCAAGCUCUUGCGCGGAGAAGACGACGAGGAUGCAGCCAGCACGGACAGUGACCAAGGUGAAGAUCCGUCGUUGGAGACGCUUGGUGCUGCCAUAAAAUACGAGCAACAGAAAUACGACCAAGACUUUGCUCGAGAGAGAGAAGCCCGGUCCGGAGCGGGCCCAUCUUCGAGGGGGCGGCACCGCAUUCGUCGUAGCGCCUACUUCAGCGACGAGGAGGAGGAAGACGACGACCCAUCUGCUGCAAACUCCUGAAGGACUCCGUGUACAUUGGGAGCCCUCUAGUCGAACGGUGCACUCCGGAACUCUGUUGAGUCGAGCUGGAACGGUUCUUUCCUGCGCCAAAGACAUCUGCGGAACUUUGAGAAGGAGCGUUCAGUCCGCGUUCAAAUCUGGCGUGAAUGCCCGAUUGAGAAGGCUUAGCUCGCAGUCCAGAACUAGUUGGACUACAGGACAUUAACCGGAUUUUAUUCGGUUUUCUGUGGUUCCGCCUCGUCUCUGUAAUGGUGUAUCUGUACGACGAAGUUUCUACCCAAGGAAAGGAUUAAACGUCAUCGAGUCUUGAGGUCACGUGCUCCACGUCACGGAUUUUUGCCAAUCUCCUGAGCUCGUGUGGAGCCGAGGAGAAUCUGCGACGGGCUUUCAGAAUAUCCGUUGUCCCGUCGGAGCGACUGAGCCCCUUUCUUUGUCCCCCUGCUUUUGGGCAAAGAUUAUGAUCAACAACUUGAAAGUUUGAGGUGCCUUUUUUUUUCCGUCUUUUGUUUAAUGAAUUUUUAAAGUUGCCGUCAAACUUGCGUAAAGAAAGACUUCGGCGACUCAUCUACGUGAGAGUCUGUUGCGCAAAUGCGCGCUUAGAUUUUCUGCACUGCCGCCGCCUCGUGUAUUUUCCUUCUCACAGCUCUAUAACAUACUCAGUUUUCUCCGCAGAUAAAGAUCUCUCGUGCAAAUACACCUUAAAUCUGCCCUGACAGAUAACGUUUUUCCGUGUCGUCGACAUUCUUUUAAGCAUGCGGUAGCUCUCAAGAGGCAAUAUUCCUCAGCCUUAUGAUGGAUUGACAGCAGUGUAAAUAUACUACUGUUCUCCAUCAGUGAGUUCGUAUAUUGGGAAGUGUUUGCUUAGGACGGUGCUGGUCUCCUACUGUAAAGUUUACUUGCUGUAAUUAGAGUCUGCCAUCGUUUGGGAUAGGUGAGGCGGAAUUUAGAAGUUCUGUGCCAAGGGCAAGUGCAUCUAAUCCUUACAUGAAUGUGCAGGAUGGAAUAUCUUUUAUAUUCAUUUGAUCAUCCACAGCGUUUCUUGAAGAAUGCAUAAGCAGUGUGUUGGUCAUGGAUCAUGCAUCAAUAAAUGUUGAGUCACGCUUCAUCAA